AAUCAAUAGACCUAAUACUAUUCAUGCUGAGCUGUGGUUGUGACAUAGUGAGCUUGUUUGUGAUGCGUGUGUGGGAGUUAGAGUCAGAGUUGUGUGCAUGUGUGUUGGCAGGGUGGUACCAGAGGCCAGGAUAGGGCAGAGGGCUUUUUCUCUGAAGGCACAGUGUAAGUCUUUUCUUCCAGCGGUCAGGAUGGGAACAGUACAGUUCAUUGUUUAUCUCCUUCUUGUGCUGACAGCCAUAGCACAGGCAACACCAGCAGGGAGCACUGACCCUGUGGUCUGUCUGAAAAAUGGCCGAAUCAGAGGGCAAUACGUUAUGGUGAAAGGCACCGAGAGGAGGGUGAAGCAACACCUAGGAAUCCCCUUUGCACGGCCCCCAGUGGGGCCCCUCCGCCUGGCUGCUCCUCAGGAUGCAGAGCCCUGGGAGGGGGAGAGAGACGGCACACGUCAGCCUCCCAUGUGUAUCCAGGACCCAGAGAUGGUUGUGAGUGUUGCUAGGACCAUGUCAAUGCAAUUCAGCCCACCAGAGCUUUCAGAGGACUGUCUGUAUCUGAACGUGUACUCUCCUGCUGAGGCAACAAAAGGGGACAAACUGCCAGUGAUGGUGUGGAUCCAUGGAGGAGGUCUGACAAUGGGUGCAGCUUCUCAGUAUGAUGGCGCUCCAUUAGCUGCUUAUGAAAACAUAGUGAUGGUUGUUAUUCAGUAUCGCCUUGGCAUUCUGGGGUUCCUGAGCACUGGAGACGAGCAUGCUCGGGGCAACUGGGGUUUCUUGGAUCAGCUAGCAGCUCUGAAAUGGGUGCAAGGAAACAUUGAGGCCUUUGGCGGUGAUCCGCAAACUGUCACAGUCGCUGGAGAGUCUGCAGGAGGCAUCAGUGCAUCCAUACUGACUCUGUCUCCACAAGCAAAAGGACUAUUUCACAGGGCAAUUUUUCAAAGUGGAGUAGCAACAAUCGGGACCUACACUACAAACCAUGCUUUGGAACAUGCCAAGAUUGUUGCCAACCUUACUGGAUGUGACUGCAGCAGCACAGAGGAACUGGUCCGGUGCAUCAGGGGGAAAAGUGAAAAUGAGUUAGUUGAUGGAGCCAAAAAGAUGAAAAUUUACCUGGGAGCUGUGGUGGACGGCGAGUUUCUCACUGACACAGCACAGGAGCUUCUCAAGAGAAAAGAAAUGUUGAAGAUUCCAGUGCUGAUGGGAAUAACCAACAAUGAGUUUGGAUGGAUCCUGCCUCAGAGCUUCGCCCCUCGCGGCUGGGAACACGGUAUGAACAGAACGUCUGUGCUGGCAGUGGUGAACAUGUUCAAUCCUACAGGGGCCUCCUUUGCAAACACCCUCAUCGUUGACGAAUACUUGAAAGACAAUAAAACACCAGAAGAGAUCAGAGACACGUUAACCGAAGUCAUUGGAGACCUGCUGAUGACGCUUCCUGUCGUCUCGGUGGCAGGAUACCAUUCAGAUGCGGGUGUUCCAGUUUACGUGUAUGAGUUUGUAUACAUUGCUGAGAUACACAAACACAGCAGACCCAGCUUUGUGAAGGCAGAUCAUGCAGAUGAUGUCGGCUUCAUGUUUGGUGCAUGUUUCUGGAAUGGACAUAUACGAAUCAUAGGCAACAUUACCAAGGAGGAUGAAAGAGUUUGCAGCAACAUGAUGGCGUACUGGAGCAGUUUUGCCCGCACCGGCUCUCCCAACGCUCCAGAGCUUGUCACUUGGCCUCAGUAUGACAAGCAGAAGCAGGAGUACAUGGAACUGGGCCUGACGCAAACAGUGAGACAGAAACUGAAGGAGGACAGGGUCCAUUUCUUUACUGUCACCCUCCCUCUGAAGCUGGAACAGCUGGCGGCGGCAGCAGCUGAACCUGGAAACUGAUCUCUGAUCGGUCAGUGGUCCCAAGUUAGAAACUUGUU